AUGCAACAGCAGCAGCAGCUCACGCCGCAGGGCUUCGGCGUCGGCGCGGCAUUGUCGCCGAUGCAGGGGAUCGGCGCGUCCUCGUCUUCGUCGUCGUCGCAGGCGGCGGCCGCGACGGCGGCGGCGGCGGAUGCGGCGAGGGCGCGCGCGGCGGAGCAGAUGGCGUACGAGGACGCGUGGAAGGCCUGCAACCCGGACUUCACCACGCCCUUUGCCUCCGUCGAGGACGCCGUCACCAGGCUGCUCCCGUACCAUGUCUUCGCGGAUUACGAUGAGGAGGACACCUACAUCGACGACGCCGGGACGGAGAAGUCGAGUGCGGAGAGGUGGGACAACGACGUGGGAGCCACCAUGAUGAAGCAGAUCGCGGAGUUCGAGAAGCACGUGCUGACCUUCAACGUCAUGGCCCGGCAGCGCGCCGAAGGCACCAUGCGCGGCGAGGAGCAGCUCCUGCUGGGGCGCGCGCUCAUCCAGGACGAGUUCCGUGUGUCGGACAACGUGCGCCUCGCGCACAUCCAGCAGCAACAGCAGGAGGCCGCGCGGGCGUCGCGCCUGGCACUCGCGCAGGCGCAGGCGCAGGUCGCGAACGCGUGGCCGCUGGUGCAGCCCAGCAACCCGUCCGGUUGGCAGCAGGCGCUCGCCGCGGCGGCGGCAGCGGGGGCGCGCGGCGACGGGGUGCCCGCGCAGAUGGGGACGCCCCAGGGCGUGGAUGAUCUUCAGGAUAAGGUGUCUCCUGAGUCAUUUUACCUCCUUUAG